AGAUUGGGUCUUUCAGAGGAUGAAAGAAGUCGGCUUUUUGCUGUUGCUUUCCUUGGUGUAUCAGCCCAAAUGCGUAAGUUGUAACUUCCUUUCUAUGUGUGACUGUUAACUUUCAGAACUGACAAUGAAACCUGCUUAGCAGGCAUUCCUACUGAAGAAAAACCUGACUGAAGAUUCUGCCUUAAUCCUCCAUACAGAAGUGCUUUCAUUGGCUCUUUUAUAAUUUUUGAACUUUUUGGUAAUUUACGCGUCAUAUAAAUUAUUAACCGCUUCCCUCCCCUCGCAUUGUACCAUUUUCAGUUCCAAUUAUUUGUUUCGGCCGUAGAUCGAAUGAUCCAUUAAUCCUCAACCCCUUUUAUGAUAAAAUAAAGGCUAAAAGUGCUAAUUUUAACGUGUUUUUGCUUAACGCAGUUGGGCUUAAGAAAACGAGAACACUGGCACAAUUCCAAAAAAACUGAAGUAUAGAAUGUGCGAAAAUUCUUUGACUGGCUCCAUAACAAAAAAAAACAAACUCCAAAAAAUCAGAGAGCUUACAAAUGUCACUGUCACACAAGUGUUAGUAUUUUCGUGCUUCCCUUGGUAGCUAGCUUAGUUAGCUUUGACGCAUGCGCGAUCAAGCAAGAGGCAAAGGGUUUAGUGACUGACACCCCGCAUUUCACAAAGAAAACGUCAAACACAUGACUUAAACGCAAUGUCGCUACCAAAAUGUCAUACCUCAAACAACGCACAAUUACAGACUAGGCGAACAAAUAAAGUCAGUAAAACUCGCAGAUUUCUCUGUCCAAAUAACAGUUUCAUUAUUUCGAAAAAGACACCCGCUGCUUCUAACAAAUUUCUCUACUUCGUUAGUGACUGUCCAAUUACAAUUUUAUUAUUCUGAAAAAGGCAAAUGCCUGCUUUCCAACAUCGCGCAGGUUGAAAGUUGCAGUGCGAACCAACAGAUUUUUUAAAAGUUGAAGGUUAACUGAAUAAUUCUCUGCAAACUCCUUUGUUCUAGUUUGUCGUAGGAGGAGAAGUGGUCUCCUUUCAAACUGGAAAGUUUAACAUGUCAGAUAGCUUUCAAGACUGGAGCUGCAGCAGCGCAUGUUCACCACCUCAACACUGUAAUUUACCACGCUGCACAAAAAUUCCAUUCUUCGAAACAUUUAGCGCAUCAGAAAAGGUCAGUUAACUUUUCUUGACCAGAUGCUAUAAAAUACAACAAGAAACACGUAAGUGUUAAACGUGAUAUGUCAAUGAAGACCAUAACAUUACAACAUUAAAAGGAGCGGACAAAGUAUGAAUCGCAACCUAAAUUUAGUUAAUUACGCAAACAAAAGCACCCUCCAUCUUUUGCAUAUUUUAUUACCAUUAUUAUUAUUACUAUUAUUAUUAUUAUUAUUAUUUUAUUAUUAUUAUUAUUAUUAUUAUUACUAUUAAUUGAAACUUUCUUUUGAGGUUCGUGUACACGUGUCGCUGAGUCAUGGAAGGAAUUUUUCACGUGUUCGCUCACCUGCUGCAUUGUGGGUUCAUUCUGUCAGUACACGUGGAUUUGAGGUAUGCGCACGUGAGGCAGGUAAUGGAUCAAAUGGAACUGGAAUCAUAAAUUGGAUGGCUUUCCAAGAUCAACCACAAGUUACAUCUGGCAGCAUAGCGUUUGGUGGAAUGUGGACAACGGAAACCAAGUGCGACAAAGUGACGUUUAAAAAGGUUAGUGUUAGAAGCACAAGAAAAAGCGCGGAAAAUAGAUUAUACUUUUUCAUUUUUGCUAUUCACUACUAGGUCAUCUAUGUUGCAAUCCAGUUGAGCCUGUGUCUCUGUUCAACAUUUGUGAUGUCCUAGCGACUAUAAUGUUUGCCUUUUAUCUUACGCCUAUGUGGAUUUAUUCAUUCCUCAGUACAUGUGUGUAUGAUUGAUUCUAUUGAGUUCGCGAGACCGAUAAAUCAAACAAAAGAAACGUUUGUCCUAUGAUUUUCCCUUUGAUAUACUGACAAAGAUUUUAAAAAUUCCAGAACUUUGCUGCGAGGCCCUUUGUUUUUGUCUCGGCGAAGUACACUCGAGCUACAAAACCCAGUGAUGCAGUGUAUGUUUGGUUAGAGAACGUCAGUUCCAGAAGCUUUGAGGUGUGCAUCAAGGAAUUCUUACCAUUUGAUGGAAAACACCAAGAUACAGUAGUGGUGGGUAUGCCUGUUUGCUUUUCAAUUGUUCCAUGGCUCGCAUAGCUAGAUUUUACUGACGAAAAGUAAGAGCACAUGACUAUCAUUGUCGUCAUUAUUAGCACCUUAUUCAUUAUCAUUAUCAUUAUCAUCAUAAUCAUCAUCACGAUCACCACUAUCAUCAAUAUCAUUAAAAUGUAUCAUUGUUAUCGUCAUCUUUAUCAUUAGUCUUAUGUAGCAUCACUAUUGUUAUUAUCGUUAUUAUCAUUAUUACCUUAAGGACUGACAUCAUCACCAUCACCAUCAACGACUCUCCAGUUCUCUGGUGUUUUUCUGGGUCUUUCAAAGCCAUGUCUCAGCAGCUUCCCGCAGAUUAGAGAUACAACACUUUCGAUCCGCUAGAUAUGAGCAGUACCAAGGAUGGCUGACAACUAUACCUUCCAAAUAUGCAAGGCAGACUAAACCUCCCAUACCAGUCAUUUGCAUUCUUCGAGAUAGUUCCAAGUGCACCAAUCGCGAUGGGUAUUACUACCACUAGCCUCUUUGGAUUCUUUUAAUUUAAAUUUGAGUGCUAGGUUUUGAUACCUUUCCACCGUCUCCUCCUCAGUAAUAAAGAUAUUUUGGUCCGUUGGCACAGCAAUGUAGAUAAGUGUUCCCUCCUGUGUGCCUUUGUGCACCACAGUAAUAUCUGGUCGAGAUUACCUCGGCCGCUUGUUCGUAGGAAGAUAAUAAGUCAUAUCCCAAGUUAUCCUCACUUCUCCAUUCUCUGCAACUGGUGAAGGUAAUGGUAGCCAUACUUUCUGCAAAGCUCCCAGUGUAUAUAUUAAUCUCUCUGGCCAAGUUAAGCAUCCUUAAAUACGCCAUACUGUUUCAGUGAGGUCACCACAAAAUCUGUACAUUGGUGUGUCAGACGUUUUAUCUAUGCUGUGCUUGACAAAAAUUGCUCUUAAAGCUUGUUCUUAAGCGGUAAGGAUCAGUUCUGUUCCCUUUUUUAUAAAACCAUUCCUGAACCAUCUCCAGAACUGCCUUCCAGCUACCUGAUGUUUGCCGAGCAAACUCUCCAUGUAGGGCUUUUUCCUUCCGAUUCCUGACUUUCUCCUCCUUCUUCUGGUAGUCCUGAGGGUUCCUUUCUUCAAAGAGCACCUUCUCCUUCAAAGCCAUUUGCAGCAUCCUCUCUGUGCUCUCUCUCUCAGGUAGCAAUGCAAGAAAUUGCAUUCACUCUUUACAACUCCUAAAUACCAGUGAACCCCCUCCCUCUUCCUUCCUCGAUGGAUAGAGACAGUCUGGCGACAUUUUUUAUGGNGUACAUUGGUGUGUCAGACGUUUUAUCUAUGCUGUGCUUGACAAAAAUUGCUCUUAAAGCUUGUUCUUAAGCGGUAAGGAUCAGUUCUGUUCCCUUUUUUAUAAAACCAUUCCUGAACCAUCUCCAGAACUGCCUUCCAGCUACCUGAUGUUUGCCGAGCAAACUCUCCAUGUAGGGCUUUUUCCUUCCGAUUCCUGACUUUCUCCUCCUUCUUCUGGUAGUCCUGAGGGUUCCUUUCUUCAAAGAGCACCUUCUCCUUCAAAGCCAUUUGCAGCAUCCUCUCUGUGCUCUCUCUCUCAGGUAGCAAUGCAAGAAAUUGCAUUCACUCUUUACAACUCCUAAAUACCAGUGAACCCUCUCCCUCUUCCUUCCUCGAUGGAUAGAGACAGUCUGGCGACAUUUUUUAUGGUGUGUAAACAGCCAUUCAGUGCAAACAUAACUACUAUAAACAGCAAGGAUGACAAGGAAUAACUUGAAAGUGUUCUUUCUGAUGUCGACCUGCUUAAGCUUCGCGUCAUCUGAUGUCAACACUGUCUUCAAGUUCAUCAUGCUUUUGCUGAGAGAUCAUAAUCUUGUCUCUUGUCUUGUUUCUGCUCAGUUAAUUCUGUUAACUCAAUGUGGUGUUAAGAGUUUUCCAUGUACAAGUCUAGCAUCCUAUUUCUUUAGCCUCGCCUCUUUGGCUCACUUCUGAUGUAACACUUAAACAGUCGUUUGCUGUUCUCCUUUCACCAUCUCAAACUCUUUUGAAGUCGUUCAACAGUAACAGGAUGACCACCGGGCCUGCGUUCCUGAUCCACAGGGCACCUGCCAUGCGCGACACCUACGAUGAUCACCCCAGGUCUGUUGACGUUGUCAGGGUAAAAUUGGACAUUCUCUCAUUAAAUACGUUGUGUUUUAAGGUUUCCACUAACCAAUAGUUUAUCGUGCCACCAUCACCAGACGGAUUGCUAACCAAAGCUCAGAGAGAUCAAUAUACAAGAUAGCCUAUACCGUGCCAGACACCAACCUGGUGUUUUCUUGUAUAGAGGGACCAACGUCCAUUUACAAUAUCCUCGUGGUUUCGGAACCUCGACGAUGGUGGCAUAGGGGUCGUUGGCUUAUUAUUAUUAAACACAUACAAACUACAUUGUGUUUUGCCCAGCCGACACACACUGAAUGGAAAUACGCCUGCACGUUAUACAUGUAUCUUACUAUGUGAUUUACAUAAACUGAUAAAAUUUUUCCAUAAACUGUUAAACGUAAAUAACAGUGUCUUGACGUUUACGUUUUUAAAAUUUUAUCUUUACAGGACUGGUUCGCGUUAGUGGGGAAUGGUUCUCAUUUUAAUCUGACCAUGACAGGAGAAGUUACCUUUCCAAACCUUGGCACACCGACAUCAUAUGACAACUUUGGAUUCUGUCAAGUACCUUAAUUUUAAUUUAAUACUUACAGUUUGUCGGCUCCAUAUUAUGAUUUUGACAGUAGCUAUUUGUCAUUAAGUAAAAGCUGAACACCUGAUAAAAGAAAUCCUCACUCGACGUCAAUCCUUUCACCGCGUAUGCUAAAGUGAACAACAUAGUGUUAUGAAGCUAUUCUAACCUUGGAAUAUAUAAUCAAAAUACUGCAGUAUUAAACCUCUUUGACAGCCUUUUAAAAAUGAUAGACUAUGUUUUCUUAAUACAGCAUUUUACUAAAAAAAAGGAGGAGAUGUGAAAUUUUUCCUUCUGUUUACUUUUGACAGAGAAUGAGUUAAGUGUUUAAGUCAUGAUCCGAAAAUAGCUCAUACCAUUUUCUGACUUAAUCUCAUUUUGGGAGUCAGAUUUGCGUUGCCCUGGCAGUUUUAUCAAAUGAAGAUGUAGUAUGUAAUGAACUGUUAUACCCUUAUUCACUGUUUUCACAGAAUAUUCAUUACAACACCACCUUCUACGCGUCACCUGUUGUCCUGGUUUCAGUUCAUCACUAUUACAACCGCAACAUGAAAAACGUCAUUUUACCAGAAAAUAAUAUUGUCACGGCAUGGGUGGAGGUACGUUACUUUUCUACAGAUGUUCUUAAAAUAAUUCUCUGGUUUAAAGGUGAAGUAUCUCAUCGCAAAGAGUUUCAUUCUUUUCCAGGAAGUUGGCCUAAAAUCGAUGAGGAUUUGUGUCAGAGACUUGAGUGGAACAGGACGGAAACAUGACCCUCUUUCUGUUAGUUAUAUUGUAACCGGAGGUAAGUAAUGCACAGUAACAAAUUCUAUGACGAGCUUGAAUGGUCAUUUUACAAGAUUCAUGAAAGAAGAAAGGAAAUGUAGGCAUGGAUUUUAUCUGCAAAAUGUUGGACUAAACUUACUAUCCUAAAUCAAAAGUUUACACUUAAGCCGUUUUAUUAAUUAUUGUUUUAUUAAUUCUCCCAAUUGGGAUUUUCAGAAUUAAUUUACAAGAACUCGUCAGGCUAAGUAACGUUCGAAAUUGCUAAACAUUACAUAUAUGAACGAAAUCAACUACGAGAUAAAGAUAACCAACAGAAGUUGACGAAGGAAAAGGACAAGGCUUUGGCAGGAUUGCAACAUCACGAGUCAGAAGAUGUUGAAAAAAACUGAAAUUCUUCAAAAGCAAUUACAUAUGACACUGCUGUUAAUGUCUUUGGUAAACCCAAUCGCAAACACCAAGAUUGGUUCGAAGGCAGUAACAAGAAGCUGAAGACCUUGUUAGAGAAAAGAACUAAUGCAGGGUGAAAUAGCUGGAUCAAGCAGGGCAAAACCGACCGGUAGUCGACGGAAUCUACAGCUGUACACCAGAGAAAUGAAGUCUCAAUAGUGGGAAGCAGAGGCUGAAAAAUUGCAGCAGGCGGCAGAAAAAAACGAUAUGAAAGUCUUUUACAAUUGGCUGAAAGAAGUGUAUGGACCACUGUAGAGGGGUACAACACAGCUUACUGCCCUUGAUGGUGAGACAGUAAACCAUGAAAAACCUGAGAUUCUCGAUGGGUUUGCAAAUCACUUUGACCAGCUACUCAACAUAUCAAAAGAGGUUGAUCGCUCUGCCUUGGACACUAUUGCACAGUGGCCAAACAUCUCAUUCCUUGAUGAAAAAAAAUGCAAGAAACUGUUGGAUGCCAUCAAUGCAACAAAGGAGGUUGGCGCAACACCACUCUGCGAUAUGUUGGAUAUCCUCAGCAACUUGGCGUAGACGUGAAUCAAUGUCCUUUGUCGCAAACGAAAAAUAUAUCUUUGUGUUAUAAACGUACGAUUCGAUGUUACUUAACUUGAGGACUUCAGGUAGACCGUUCGAGUACAGCUAAAAAGCGUUGGGCGGAGAAUUGGGCCCUGAGGUACGCCAUGUAUUAUAGUAAGUGGUUAAAUCACGUAAGAUGGAGGUCUUUUUUUGUUUUUCAGACCUGAAUCCUUGUCUUAAUGUCAACUGUCCAUCUUUCGGGGUCUGCAAGACAUACAGUGCUCAUGAAGCACGCUGCGUGUGUUUUGACGACUGCCCCACCUAUCAGGACCCAGUAUGCACUGCCAACGGAACAACUUACGACAACAAAUGCUGGCACGAGUUGAGCUACUGCAGGGGACUGGACAAUAACCUUGUUUACCACCCUGGGAGCUGUGAAGGUUGGUNUUUUACAAUUGGCUGAAAGAAGUGUAUGGACCACUGUAGAGGGGUACAACACAGCUUACUGCCCUUGAUGGUGAGACAGUAAACCAUGAAAAACCUGAGAUUCUCGAUGGGUUUGCAAAUCACUUUGACCAGCUACUCAACAUAUCAAAAGAGGUUGAUCGCUCUGCCUUGGACACUAUUGCACAGUGGCCAAACAUCUCAUUCCUUGAUGAAAAAAAAUGCAAGAAACUGUUGGAUGCCAUCAAUGCAACAAAGGAGGUUGGCGCAACACCACUCUGCGAUAUGUUGGAUAUCCUCAGCAACUUGGCGUAGACGUGAAUCAAUGUCCUUUGUCGCAAACGAAAAAUAUAUCUUUGUGUUAUAAACGUACGAUUCGAUGUUACUUAACUUGAGGACUUCAGGUAGACCGUUCGAGUACAGCUAAAAAGCGUUGGGCGGAGAAUUGGGCCCUGAGGUACGCCAUGUAUUAUAGUAAGUGGUUAAAUCACGUAAGAUGGAGGUCUUUUUUUGUUUUUCAGACCUGAAUCCUUGUCUUAAUGUCAACUGUCCAUCUUUCGGGGUCUGCAAGACAUACAGUGCUCAUGAAGCACGCUGCGUGUGUUUUGACGACUGCCCCACCUAUCAGGACCCAGUAUGCACUGCCAACGGAACAACUUACGACAACAAAUGCUGGCACGAGUUGAGCUACUGCAGGGGACUGGACAAUAACCUUGUUUACCACCCUGGGAGCUGUGAAGGUUGGUAAGAGAGACCCCCUAACACAGUCCUCUAAGUAAGAAAAAUGAAUUGGUGCAUGAGACAAAACGCUAUUGUCCAGUUUUGGAGUAGGCGGCGACAAUUAAUUUUCAUAGCGAAUACUUAAAACUUAUAACUUCAAAGGGAUGAGUUUCGAUCUAAUUUGCGUUUGUGCUCUUUUCAAAAGGUUUCCCAGUUGUUUGUUAGUGGCAGCAAUGAAACUGAUCGAAUUGAUGUAUGAAACAAAACGCUGUCGCCCAGGCUUAGCUAAUUUUCACAGCGAGUUCUUCAUUCAAUUCAAUUCUUCAUUUUUUUAUUUAUUUACACUGUAUAGGACACUUACACACUAUUAUAUUCUAAAUAAAAAAAAUAAUAAUGAAUAAUCCAUGUUCUGGCUGAGAAGUGGUAAUGAACUUAUACGUGUAGUUUUCAAAGAAGCAAGAGCUUUCUAGUUGGUAGUCUCCUUCGCAGGCGCUCAAGCCGGAGUCAUGCAAGCUCCCCGUCCACACUUGGGGACGGGGAGCUUGAGUGACUUCGGCCGGAGCGGCUGCGGCGAGCCGCUAUCUAGUUGGGGAACUCCACGUUAAAAAAAAUGGCAACAAAGAAAACAAAAAUUAAACAGAGAUUUCUGAGCAAGUAAAGCAGCAGUAAUCAUGUUUGAUUGAUCAAGAGAUAGUGUUUCCAUUUUUUGUUAAACUUGAUAUAGGGUAAACAGUUGAGACUAAGUAACUGUAACUAUGAGAGGAUGGCUUUAAGUCUAAUUUACGUCAAAUACUCUUUUCGAAAGGUUUCCCUGUCGUUCGUGGCCGCGUGGACCUUCAUCGAAUCCCAAAGUGGACCGAUUCCACCUGCCAGACAGUGGAUCUCCCGCCCUAUCGCUUCUACCCGGAUAAGAAAGUUCAUGUCCAAAUUACUGUCAACCAUAUGAAAUUAAAUGACUCUGUUUCAGUCCACGAUGCUGUCACGUCAUGGACUGAAAGUGUCAACACUCAAAAUUUCACAGUUUGCGUCAUGCAGACAGGAAGGAACAGCGGAGAGAGCUUUAAUCCCUUCGCGACAGUUGAUUGGUUGGCAUACCAAGGAGCACCAUCCAAUGGAAUAACGGGAACUAUUAAGAUGCAAAACUGGUGGUCUGGAACAAAAUGUGAACAUGCAGCUUUUCCCAAGGUACAGGAAACGUCAAAAUGAGCCUGUGAUGACAGAGAAUGUUUAACGAUUGUGUUCCUUCGUUAAUAGGAUGAUGGCGUAGGUAGGUCUUUGUGUGUACAAUUUCCCUACUCUAAAUUUUUAAUCUGUACUUUCUUAAAUCUUUACAGAACAAGUUCAAGGAGACACCUAUAGUUCUCGUGAGCGCGGAACAUUUGAGGACUGGAAAGGAAUAUGAUGCAUCCCUUAUGUGGACAGAAGAUCCAAAUAAGGACUCAUUUAAAGUCUGUCUUCGUGAAAUGCAAAACUUUGAUGGAAAACAUGAAGACAUUACCGUGGUAUGUACUCGUAUUAAAUGUCUCAAAAACCAUAUUGUUUUUAAAAGUAAAGUAUAAUGUUGGUGCCCGGCGCUGGAUAAAAACCGCGGGCAAAACCGGAAGGUUUCAGUGCUCUUAUAAUGUGACCUGCAUAGAAUGGCAUUAAUGAAUAUAAGCAAAGAAGAGGAAAGUUUUGAUUUUGAUUUUGAUGCUCUUUAAUUAUUUUAUUUCAGAGUUGGCUGGUAUUUGAUGAGCUGAGCAAACCGUUCUUCACUGAAAGUGAUUCUGUCGGGUUUUUCAACACAAAGCCACCAAAAGACAAAGAUAACAACGCUUAUUGCCAGGCAAGUGAAAGGAGGAAAACACCGAUGAGAUACAAAAAAGAAAUAGAAAUACACUGCGUCUUAUGCUACACUAAUAAAAGAAAAGAAAGUCUGGACAAUUAAGUAAAAAAAAAAAUUGAAGACAGACCUGCGCGCAGUUGAAAUACUUUUUCUGUCGCAACUAUUUCUAACAGUACAGGACCAUUCCCAGGUUAUAAGCACAAUAGUGAAUGUCAGGAAUAGAAAAUAUAACAAGAACUGUCAAGAAUUCUAAUGAUUCGUUUUUAAUGGCAGUUUGUGAAGUUUGAAAGAUCCUACAACACAGCACCCUCAGUGAUACUUACAGCCAAUCAUAACAGCACGGCUCCUGGAAACUCCGUACCAGUGCGCAAUGGGAUUGCAACGUGGAUCGAGGUACAGUAUGUUGCCCAGUAUCCGGACGGUACCAGUAUCCGGACACUUGAAACAAAAACUCAAUUUUUGAGGCGCCCUUUUCAGUUCUCGUUAAACAAAGUAUUUCGAAUGAAAGCUGAACAUUUCAGCUUUAAGAUGAAAGUUUUGGCGAUUUGAAAGCUUGCGAAACAGUCGCAGAAGACGCCGUUCUGUUCAGGUGAAUAAACUUUUCAUGGCUAAUAUUUACGCUGUUUACUGCGCAGUAAAGUUAGUGCUGGUCAGAAAAGGGAGGGUAAUGUGUGUUAUUUUCAAAGAAACUGUUUUAUUUUUAAAGUGAAGAUACUUAAGGAAGUCAGGUUUUCAGAAAGUUUAUUAAUUCUCCUUGAAAUUCGAUUUGUUUGGAAUAACGGAAGCCAGAAACAUUCACUAAGUUUUGAUGUCAUGUGCCCAGUAUCCGGACAGUUUUUUCUUUGCUGUACACAAUCGAUGAAUUAGCUGUGUACAUUCUCCGGAUAAGAUUUAUUUCAUAUCAGUGACUAUAAUUAAAGCUUAGGAUAUAUGAUAUAGUCGUAAAAUGUAACUCUACUCAACUCCGUAUGGAAAUUUUCUUCACUCAUUCAGAGGCGACUUGAUUUCGUGUGCGCCGCUUCUUUCGCGUGACUGCAUUUUCUAUAUAUAACUGAAAGCGUCCGAGUUGAACCUGGAAUUCUCAUACUUUUCCCAGUUGGGACUGCUAGAAUGGGGUUGCAAUGGUCUAAAAAAUGUCACAAAGGGAUUGAGAGAUGUGAAAGAAGGAGGAAUUAGUGCUAGAAAAGUAGGCUUAUUGUGGGGACUGAGCAUGAAGAAAUCAACACUGCAGGUCAGACUAAAUAGGAGAGUGACCUUUGACCGUCGGGUUGAGGUCCCUUCCCCAAGCUUGUCUUUAAAUAAAAAAUGAAGAAAGAAAGUCGUUUGCAGAUUGGCUAAUUGAGCUUGCAAACUGCGGCUUCGGGAUGUUCACGGAUGCCUUCCUUAAAUCAGUGAAAAAGUUCCUAGACAAAGAAGUGAGAAAUUAUACCAUUUUUAAAACAGCGGCUCGCGUUCCCCACCAUACCCCAGUCAUUUGUUAUGUUUUAUUUCACGAUGCUAGGUUAUUUUUUCGGAAUCGAUUGCCAGACUACUUUGCAAGUGCAAGAGAAGCUUAUAAGUCGCUUGCCUGUCGAAAUUUAUGUACAAUUACGUUGUUAUUGUUGUGUCCGGAUACUGGGCCAGCUGUCCGGAUACUGGGCAACAUAGGAGCUCUGCAAAAAUAUUAAUUUAGCGAUGGAAACAAAGGCAAAAAAGUUAAACUGUCUUUCGUCAUAUUAAGGACUAGAUAGAUUUUUUCUGGGCCAAAUUUCAGAGCUCUUGCGAUUAACAAAGGAAAGUUAUUGCAAUUUUAAACUGAAGUGUCCGGAUACUGGGCAACAUACUGUACUAAAAGACAAAAUAGGAUCUUGGGAUGUGUCUCGAUCAUCUCUUAGGAAAAUAUCAACCCCCGUCAUAGUUUUUAAGGUAACUAGACUCGCCGAUAGGCGACUUCACUGGGCUGCCCGGCAUAAAACCUGUGUUGCAUGAAACAGAGACGUUUUCUAGAACAGGCAGUCAACAGCUUAUAAUAUAAGGAAUGAACCAAUUAAAGCAAUCCCGAUCGAUCCACCGGCCUCAUUCAUCCGACUACACCUACUAUAAAUAGAUGAUAAUCUUACUUUAAUAUUAUGGUCGACACGAAAACGCAUUUUGCCACAAGAUAAAAAUGUUAUGUUUCAAGAUUUUUUUUCCUUUCGUUUCUUGUUAUUAAUUUGUCUACAACUGAAAGGAAUUAGCUGUUUGCAUUUUCCCACCUCACAAAAUUUAAAGAUUUGACUACUCAGUCGACGUCGAUUUCAUCGGAAAGAACUUUAAAAAAUAUGUAAAGAGAUCAACCGAAGAUUUUCACAAUUUUUUUAUAAUGUAAUAUGAGUUGAAGAUCCGCUAUUUUUGUCAGUCGUAACUAACGUAUUUUCAUGGAAGGCAAUUAUUCUAUUGUUUACUCCUCCGAACUUUAGGCGAAACGCUUUUCACAGCUAAAUCCGUGGUUUGCUAAAGACUGAACUAAACGCACCUUGAAUUUCAGUAGCUCGUGACUUCGUACUCUAAUCAAUCGUGCUUGUUGAAGGGGAGCAGGAAAACAUGGAACUUGCGGAAGAGUAGCAUAACAAGGUCACGCAUAAAUUUUAUUCAGAUAAAACUGACAAGGUACAGAUAAAAACAAAAGCAAAAACUCUGGACCAUACUGAGAGCAACUGAAAGCUAUAGGAAGCAAAGUCACCAAACCCUGCACUAGUGAGUGACUUGCCUUGCUCUUAAACGCUUUUCUAAUUCUCUUCACUGCUCAUUUGCCCUCUCGUCAAACUGAAAACGCAAGCUUCGCAGGCUAUUGAACUUGUUGGCAAAAUUCUCGAAGUGUAAAUUCCGUCGUCCGAGUCUUCUUUACCCUUAUGCAAACUUUAGGCGUGUGUUGUGUUAAACAGAAGGAAAUAUAGCAAUGAAAAGGCAAAUUGCGAUACUGCGCUGAAAUGGGAAAAAAUACUUUGUAUGAAACACGGAACGCCUUCUGGGGUAAACUUGGUGAACAAUUAACAGUGCCCGUAUUGAAAAGUCCCCGGAUAUUGGGUAGACGACCGAAGGGAACCGAAGUUAUAACUGGGCGUGCCCUGCAGCUCAGUAAAAAGCAAAACUCUGCUGAAAUGGUGUCUGCCAUAACAAGCAUACGCGCUCGUUAUUUACCUUAGAUAAUGCUAAGCAGCAUAACUCUUAUAUCAGCGACACCACUCGUCGAAUCGAAUCACAGGCAGGAAGUUUACGAAACGGGAAAUCUAAGAUUGUGCAGUGACCUCUCUCCUAAGCAGGGUCUCCCGUUGGGAUUCUAAUAAAAAUCUUCAAAAAGUAGGCGUGCGUCGGACGAUAAAAAGAGGGAAAAGGCGGCUUCCCAUCGUCUCCAGUGCCCUUUCUUUUCUUCCUUGCCCCAACCUCCUUACGACAUAAAAGGAGCCUAUGUGGAGGAGGAGGUGCACGGGACCACUUGCUUUUUCCUCGAGUUGACGCAAUGAUAACAUUGUUGUUUUAUUAAAGUUGUGUCUAUCUUUAUAAAGAGUGUACUUGUUUUUAAGUUACCAGUGGGAAGGUUGUUAGACAGCUGUCGCGUUUAAAGAGGAGUCUUUUGCAACAGUCAAAUGUGCUUCUACUUGCUACGUAUGCGUAAAGCAACCCUAAAGUAAGCAAUAUUUCAAUAAGUUUUGAUGAUCGCAGUUCGCUAGCUAUAAUCCUUAUUUGCAGAACAUAAACGCAACAGGGUUCAGGGUGUGUCUGAAGGAAUUGUACGAAACCAGAUACGAUCCCGUGUCAGUGAAUUAUGCAGUGCUAGCAGGUCAGUUAACAAGAAAAGUACGUUAUAGUAUGACUUAGUCGAUACAGUUCACUCAGGGCAACCUAUCAUGUUUUGAUUAGUGGCAGUCAUACUUCACUUCACGUGUACAGAUUUCACGUGAAAUCAUCGCUUAGCUUUUUUUUUGCAUACAAGAUAGCAUUUUCCCAUAAUGGAAUUUUCUUACUUCGCAGACAUUUGCCACGUAUGACUCCUCGUCUUUGCUGUCAGUGCAUUGACGUCUUCAAUAAGUAACAUACAUAAACUUUGGGCAUUAGCCAAUAGCCAUAAGCUAAAGGCCAGAUCUUAAAAUUUACGUUUCCACAGAUUUCUGUGAUCCUGGAUGGAGCUAUUUCAAUGGAUUCUGUUAUUUGACGAGUACCAAAUGUGUCAACUGGACAACAGCUCUCAUCAAAUGUCGUCAGGAAAACUCGGUUCUCGUUGAUGUGGCCAACGAUGAGGAAAAUGUAUAUAUUCAACAUAGCCACGGAGGACAAAAUUCCUGGCUUGGCUUGAAUGACAUCUCCAUGGAGGGUAACUUCUCUUGGGCAGAUCGCGGUGAGGCAAACUUUACAGCUUGGGCAAAGAAUCAGCCCAAUAACUUUAAUGAAGAAGACUGCGUACAUGCAGUGGGUUUGAAAUACGGCUAUGAAUGGAAUGAUGUGAAAUGUAGUGAUUGUCAUCAGUACACUUGCAAGAAAGGUAGGAUGCUAAAAUCGUUUCUAUUCAUUUUGGCUUUUGAGGUGUUUUUCAGUAACAGUCACAGAUUUAUCUAUUUUAAGCAAGGCGAUAGCAUGUGAUCCCACUUUCAGGCGUGAAAGCGGACAAAGGCCACCUUCAUAGGCUUUUCACAGAGUAAAUGAUGUUUUCAAAAUUCAGCUAUGGAUAAAGAAAACGUUUUAUGCGUGGUUAACAUGUAGCACUAAGGCAACAAAACAUUUACCAAAAAGUAGUCCUGGCUUUUAUAUCAGUGUGGUAUUGAAUAUUUAUAUGUAUAUUUGAAAAUUAGAUUUCAGUGAAUGUGAAAGUAAGACGUACAACUGUCAUCCACUUGCUACAUGUGUCAAUGAACGCGGGUCCUAUUCAUGCAAGUGCAAGACUGGGUACGUAGGAAAUGGACAUAGCUGUCGCCAUCCAACCCCACUGAGAUCUUGCUCUGAAAUCCGGAGAUCUGUUAGCAGCAGCGGAAACUAUGUGAUUGAUCCCGAUGGCUUGGGAGGACUGGCACCAUUUACUGUGUAUUGUGACAUGACUGACAAGAAUGGUGUUGGCGUGACAGUCAUUAGUCACGACAGUGAGAGCAGAACAAAGGUAACAGACAAUAAGUACACAAGUGACAUUCAUUACACAAGAGCGAGUCUGUCUCAGCUGGCCAGUCUCACCAGUGUCUCCUCACACUGUGAACAAUUCAUCAAGUACGAGUGUUAUCAUUCUGUAAUGUUCAGGUGGGGAGUGGCCUGGUGGGUAUCACGUGAUUCUGCUAAGAUGACGUACUGGGGUGGAGCAUCUCCAGGUAGUGGUAAGUGCGCAUGUGGGAUGAAAAACGCCUGUGCAAACUCCAAGUAUGGUUGUAACUGUGACAAAAAUGAUUCAGUGUGGCGCGAGGACAGCGGUCUCCUGACUGACAAGACGAAGCUUCCUGUAAAGCAGCUCAAGUUUGGAGAUGUUGGCGGAAGCGCCGAGAUGGGCUACCACACUCUGGGGAAAUUUAAGUGCUAUGGCACACCAUAAGAGGCAUACUUUUUGAAAUUAAGGCACACCUAUCACAGAAUUAAUCAGUCAGAGUUAUGCAUGUAAAUGCAAUAUUUAGGAUUCUGAAGCAGAAUAUAAGGAUCAUAAAUAUGCAGAACUGAUUUAACAGAUCGCGAUUGCCUCAUGUCAGGUAAUUGGGAUUCCUGAACCCGACUGAGAAAUCUUUGUAUGUGGAAUCCCUCAUCCGAGAUAUUAUUUUACUGUGGAAACUAGAAUCCUGGGCUUUAAAAUUCGGAAUCCAACUUAAGAAAUCCGAAAUUCUGCUAAUAUUUGGAAUCCGAAAUCCACAGCGGGGAAUCUAAAAUCCUAGUUUUGGAUUACCUUACGUGAGGUGAAAUUGAGCUUUCUAAACUAAUGAUUAAAUGAUAGCAUUAAAAAGGGUAUUUGCGUCUCAGACUCUGUUUCUUUUUUAAACAAGG